AAACGGUGACGAUUUUGUUAUGUUUUAUUUGCAGUGAUCCGUUACAGAGAGAAUAGAAAGUUUGCAUUUCCGGUUGCAGGACCUUAAAUCUUACAUUCAAAUCAAUAGCAUUACAUUCAAAUUAAUAGCAAUCACCUCGUCGCUACGCUUUUAAAACACAUGCCAUGUUUAACAGAAUAAGGAAAAAUCUUGGAAACAAAGAUAAAGAUUCUACACCAACCUCUCCAAAAAAUGAUGUGCAGCAGAAACCACCUGUCUCGGAACAAUCAGGUUUCAUUUGCCCGAUGUGCAUGGUUGGUCUGCCCACACCAGAAGCUUUGCAAAUUCAUUUUGACUAUGAGCAUUCGGUACCAAACUCAGAUUCAUCAAAUGAGAAAUCUAAUGAUAAACCAAAAAAGACGGAGAACAAGAAUUUUGCUCCAUCAGCCACUGCUCCUCCGGUGGAUGCUUCUUUAGCGACACCAAGUGUUACUCCUCAAAAUCAGUUAUCUAACGUGAAUGGUUUCGCCAACGUUGAACAUGUAAACAAUGUAUCAGCAUCCCAAAAUGCAGGGCUUCCCAAUGUAACUGAACUAGAAGCUGAAAUUAAAGAUCUACAAGCAUCCCUCACUGAUGAAAAGUGGUAUACCACUGAACUCAAGAAAGAAUAUGAUUCACUUAAAGAGGAACAUUCAAACACUUGCACUGAUUUAGAAAAUACGAAGCAGCAAAUGAAAAUAGCGCUGGCCACUAAUGAAGAACUAGCAAGACAAAAAGAAGAACUCAAUCAAAAAGCUGCAAAAAUGGCUGAAGCAGUAGCAGAUCUACAAGCCAAGAAAGAUGAGUUUGAAAGAGAGAAGGAAGCUGCUUGUCAGCGAAGUGAAAAUCAAAGUGUGGAAUUAGAGAAAGCUGCAACGUGGGUGCGAGAUCUUGAAUCCCAACUUCCAUCUAGCAACGCACAUGAUGAUACAACCAAGCUUCAACGACCUGGUGCUGAUGAUGUCAUGGUAUUGAAAAAGGAAUUAGUCUCUGUGCAGACUCUAAUGGAUCAAAUGACGAGAGAGUCCGAAGAUAAGAGUCACAAGGUGGAGGAAGAGAGACAACACUUGCAGCAAUUGCUCGACGAAGCGCGUCAACAGGCGCUGUUAACUCAAGAAGAGUUCGACAAAUAUAAGGCGGAGAAUGAACGCUUAAAAGGUGAAAACUUAGAAAAAGAGGUUGAAAAAGAUGAAUCAAAGAAGUUGUUUGCGGUUGAAACUGAAAAAUUGAGGUUACUACAUGCGGAUAUGGAUGAAAUCAGAAAGGAAGAAUUAAACAAUGUGAGUGCAGCUUUGGAGAAAGAGUCUUCUUAUUCUUUGCUGUUGGAAAAAGAAGUGAAUAAAUUGAAAGAGGAAAAAUCUGAAAUGAAAAAACAAUUGCAAAAAUUAAAUGAAGAUGUUCAAUCUGCAUUGGAAAAGUCGAUCUCAUCUGACAAACUUAUGGAAGAAACAAGAACAGAGUCGGAUUUGUUGAAAAUGGAAAAAUGGGAAGUGGAAAAUCAAUUAAAAUCUGCUGAAGAAACUCAAAAAAGCCUGAAAGAGAAAAGUGAAACGGAACUAACAGAGAUGAAUGCAAGAUAUGAAUCGCUUAUAUGUGAAUGUGAUGACUUGAAAUCACAAAUAAACAAAUCUCAUGAACAAUGUGAAGACUGGAGAAUCAAGAAUGAAACUUUAGCUUUAGAAUUUAACCAAUUUAAAUUGGUAAACAAACAACUAGAAUUAGAGUCCAGUGGAGCAAAACAACAAAUAGAAAUUCAACUUUCUCAAAUAAAUGGAAAACUAGAAGCUGUGGAAGCUGAAAAUAAACAGCUUAAUGAAGAUAAAAGGAAAAUGGAUGAAGAUCUACAAGUUAUGAGGGCGUCGCAUCAAGAUGAACGGAAACUGAUUGAAGCAAAAUUAUUGGAUGCUGAGAAAUUAGUCCUGCAACUUAAACUACAAACAACUCGAUUUGAGGAAGAGUCAAGUCAGAGAAGUCGUGUUAUUGAAACAUCGGAACAAAAAUUAACUUUCGUUCAAUCUGCGUGCGAUGAACUGAAAGAGAAAAUACAUGGAUUGGAAACAGAACUCGCUCUUGGCAAUCAUGAAAUAGCUUCUUUAAAGGAUCAACUGACAUCUUCUGCAUCUAAACUUGAGAAUGAAACACAAAGAAGGGAAGACGCAAUUGGAGAAGUUACCAAAUUACGUGAUGAGAGAAAUAAUCUGAUAACUAAGAUUGAGGUUGGAGAUGGAGAAGCUGCUGCUCAUUCUCAACUCCAAGAGGAGAACAAUAAGUUAAGGAAACAAAAGGAGGAGGCAGAGGAAAAAGUGAGAGAGGUUGAGAGUGAAAAGGAGGAAUCGUUACGAACUCUGUCAUCCAAAAUCAACGACUCACAAUCCAUCAUUGUGACAUUGCAAAACAAAGUUCUUGAACUUGAUGAUGAUUUAACGAAACAACGAACAUUGAAGGAAGAAGCUGAAGAGGAAAAUUUAAAGAUCGAAUCUGAACUCAAGGAAAAGACAGACACGCUACUGAACGUACAAGCCACAAGUAUUUCCCACCAAGCUGAAGCAAGUAAUGAAAUAAACAAUUUACGAAGGAAUUUGGAAGAAGAGAUAAAUGAAAAGAAAUCUAAUUCGGAGAAACUUAAGUCAACUGAGUUGCAACUGUCUAAUGUUCAAAGUCAAAUAUCUGAGAUGAGGGAGAAGCACAGAAAAGAAAGUUCACAGUUAAAGGAAGAGUUACAUCUUUCAUCUGCGGCCACCCAAGAAGCAAGAGUGGAAGUGGAAUCUUUAAGAGAGAAGGUGAAGAUAAUGAAAGAAACAAACCAAAGAGAAAGUGAGAAGAGAAAAGAGGAAAUGAGAAAUCUGGAAGCAGAGAAUGAACAAAAGAUUACAGCUAUGCAAGUGACAAUAGAUUCAGUUGGUGGGGAAAUACAAACUAAAGUUAAGGAAUUAGGCGAAUUGAAAGCUAUAAAUGAACAACUACAACUAAAUAUAGACAAGUCGGCAGAAAACAUCGAAAAUUUAAAUCAAGAGCACAGCGCCACAAUGUGUGAAUUAAAUAAUGUUUCUAUGGAAUUGGAAGAAGCAAAGAAGAAGUUGUCGCAAUUAGAAACUUCCGAAUGUAAAACUAAAGAAAGCCUGGAAGAAUUGGAAGGAAAGAUAAAUAUGCUGGGGGAGGAAAAUAAGAAGAUGGAAGAGCAGAAUAUGGAUUUGGAGAAAUUGUUGGAGGCUACAAGAGAAUCAAAGUCUGUGUUGCAACAAACCAUUAUGACAUCACAGUCACGGAUUGAACAAUUACAAAAUGAGAAGGAAAAUGUGAAAGAAAUGUUGAACCAAGUUAAAGUUGAACAUGGGAGUGAACAUGAGAGACUGUUGGAACAAAUUGAAGGCCACAAAACUACUGUAACUAAAAUGGAAGAAGAAAUUUCUCUUCUUAAUAAACAAAUUAGCGAUCAUAAAUCUCAAUUUGAAGAAAAAGUUUUAGAUAAUCAAUCAAAAGAUGCAGAAAUUGAAAAAUUAACAUCAAAGUUAGAAAACAUGUCUGCAGAGCUAACAGCUAGUGAAGCAGUGUUGCAAAAUACUUUUGUCGAACUUGAAGCAACAAAAGUUGAAUCGGAAACACUGGUAACUAGAAGCAAGGAACUCACUGACUCAAAAUCUGAAAUUGAAGAAAAAUUGGAAACUUCUAGAAGCCAAGUUGUUGAACUUAAUGAAACCUUAGAAAAAAAGGAUGUUAAACUGGAUGAGAUGAAGGUUUCUGUUGAUUUAUUGGAGAAGAAAUAUCAAUCAAUGAAAGAAGAAAAAGAAGUUGAAGUUGAUGAGUUGAAACAUAAACAUCAAGAGCUUAGUGACAUGGUUGUAUCACUUGAGGAAGAAUUAGAAAAUCUCAAGAAAAAAUUUAGCCAAGUUAAUGAAAGCUUAGCUGAAGAGGAAAAAGAGAAUAAAAGAAUCCAAGAAGAGGAGGAGAAAAAGAGAGUGGCAAUGGAGAGGAUUUGGAAUGAAGAAAGAGAACGACUAAAUGAGCAACUUUCAACACUAGAGGAGGCACAGAGUUUGUUAAUUUCAAGCAAGGUGGCGCUACAGAGCGAGUUAAAGUCGUUGAAAGAAACUUCACUAAGCGAGAAGGAGUCAUUGGAGCGUGCGGCUGAAAUGGAUAAAACUGUUAUUCAAUUAAAAGAAGAUAAUAUUUCUAAACUUAAAGUUCAAUUGGAGGAAAAAAGUCGAUUAUUAGAAACCAAUGAAGCGGAUCGUGUUGUUAACGAGUCACGACUCCAACUCGAGAUCGGAGCUCUAAGUGAAAACCUAAGUAACGCUAGAUCUGAAUGGAGGGUCACGUCGCAAAGCUUAGAUGUGGUGAGAGCUGAGUGCGACGAUUUAAGAGGACAAGUCGUUAUUUUGCAGACAAACGCUCAUAGCAAUGCUGAUGAACGUAGGGCAUUACUUGAGCGAUGUUUAAAUGCUGAACAACAAGUUGAACAACUUCAAGUCAACAUCAACCAGUUGGUAAAGAAAUUAGAUGAUGCACAUUCAGCCAUGCAUGAACUAGGAAGGGAAAAUCAAGCUUUACAGGUUAAGCACACAACAACGAUAUCAAAGAAAUGGACAGAUGAUAGAUCAACUGCAGAGUGCCGCGCAUGCAAUCGGGCCUUUUCGAUCACUGUGCGCAAGCAUCAUUGUCGGCACUGUGGUGAAAUUUUCUGUGGUGAAUGCUCAUCAAGAACUGCUACUGUUGCUGCAUCCAAGAAUCCUGUUCGUGUAUGUGAACGUUGCUAUGACGAUUUGCUGGUGGCAGGCUAAUGCUAAAAUAUAUCUUCCGUUUCUGUGUGAACUUAUACCACUAUAUUAAUCAAUAAGUAACUUUAUAAAGGCAUCUGUGCAAAUCUUUUCCAUAAUUUAUAAAGGGGUAACUAUUUCCUAUACCUUCUCAUUAUGAGCAUUACAUAUCACAUAAGCAUGACCUCUAUUAUAAAACCCAUAUUAUGUGAAAUAUUUUGGGUUGAACAUUAGUAUAUUCUCAUAUUAAUUAUAUUUUCAUGUUUUCCAUCUUCUUAAUUUUGUUUUUCAGCAAUUGUUGUGUUUAUUCAUGUAUUAUAUGUUGUCCAGAUUAAGCAAAUCUUUAAAAUUGUUUAAUUUUACUAUAUUUUGUGAUAUACAUGUAUGUUUGUAAUGUAUGCAGUUCUAUCAUGUCAACUUCACCCAGAAGCAUGGUCUUCUGGAAAAUUGGAAACAGUUUUAAAAAUGGGCUGAUAUGAUAGCCUACUGCCCUGCUAAGUGCAAUAAGUAGUUCAGCGCCAGUAAUUCAUGCAACAGUGCCACAUUAUAUAUAUAUGGAUGUGAUCAAUGUGUUGUUAAUGACUGAGGUAACAUUUUUGGUGAAACCCAUUCGGUCCUAAUAUACACACAACUUAAAUGAAUGAUUUUAUUUGUGUGUAAUUUCUUUCAUAAUAAACUCAAAUUCAUUA